UAAUGAAUAUAGCUGCAAGCAGCGAUUAAGGGGGCCAAGCACUUUUUGGCCCUACCCCUUAGUGAUGGAGGAAGACCAGAAGCCACUGUGGCUGUCAUCAUAAGGCAAAAUGUUAAGCUGUUGCUGUGAUAUUUCUCACUUACUGUAUCCAGUAGCCAUCCCAAGCUACAAAUGAACUCAAAGAUUGUUAACAUUAGGUCAUGUUAGUAAAUAUACGUGACAAGAAUUUGUUUGCAUGUUAUGGAUGAAACAUCCUGUCUGUCAAACCCCCAAGAAUCAAGUAUUGUUUGGGUUGGCCUCACAAUGCUGUGAACAAAAUUUUGUGACUAUUUGACAAAUUUUGUAGAAGUUUUUUUUUUAAAUAUACAUCGAAUACUGUUCAGCAACUCGCAAAACAAGAACACUUGGCACUGUACAGGAAUUCAGGAAGAAGAGGAAUUAUGAUUUCAAGUUGAGUGGUCCAAAAGUUAUCAGCAGUUUAUCCCUAAAUCCAGCACUGCUUAUCACCCAGAGAACAGCAUUGUCAGAGUGAAGCAUGGUGGUGGUAGUGUCACGUUACUUCUUGGUUGCUUCUAAUGCCUGAUUCGUUCGUGUUGGUUCCAAGUUGUACCACAAUAACCUUGUGCAAUGGAUUGUUUUGUAGAAAAGUUCAUUUUAACCAUGAAAUAGAUUUGCCUUUGAUUGUCUGCUUUUAAAAGGCAGAUCGAACAACCUGGAGUGGUUAAAUGGACCAAAUUAACUGUUGGAGAGUGCCAUUAUCACUGCUUCCACAGUUUGGAGUAAGCAAUUAGCCACACAGUGGCAUCAGUGCCGAGGCCCACCUGUGUCACAACCCCCAUGCAAGUGCACCGGCUGCGCUGUGGUAGUUAAACCCCUGGACCUUUCUGUAUACACAAGCAGAGAUUAUUUUGCAAAAACAGGAAGUCUCUCUAAUUGUGCACCAGCAGGCUUUGUAAACCAUAUACUUACUGUCUUCCUGAGUAAGUAAGACUUUCAGCUGAUUCAGGGUAUUGAAGCCUUUUGGCAAGAUAAAGCCUCUUAAUGAGCGGGACAGGAACUGCCUUUCCGCAUUCCACAGAGCCGGAGAUCCUUUGGGGCCAAGCUACUCUGUCCUCAUCAUCUGGUGGCAAGUGCUUUAAGAUCACCUGCUUCAAGUGCAUACACUAUUAAAAUUUUUCUUCUGAGAAACUGGAUGCUAAGCCAAAUUGAGAUUAACAAGAAGGAGAAACCAUGAGAGGAAAUGUGCAUUCUAACUCCAAAUGGCUGGAGAUGAGAUCAACUGUGGUUUAUGCUGUGCGCUCGGUAACACUUAGAACAUGGCGGAUGUUGACUCUGGGAGUGGAGUACAACUCCUGGGCUCACAACCCUGAGCUCUCUGACAGGCAGAGGAUGAGGAGGGAAGCGAUGGCUGACGUGUCUCACACUUCUGCCCUCGCUGAGCCCGAUCAAACGUAUGAAGGCGUCGAGAGCGUGGCUCAGUCCAGCAGCUACGACACCGUUAUUGACCUAGAGAGGCCAGAUGACCUGAAGGGUACAGACAUUAUCAGUGCGCAUCAGAUGUGCCAAGAUGAUGUCACGCUGUGGUGGAGCAGGAUGGCUCGCUUCGGAGAUGAUGCGUCAGGGCGCUAUGGAGCUGCGCCGGGCGCGGGGAGAGGAGGCGCGCGGCCGGGAGGCGCUCCGAGGCUCUACAAGCAGUCGAUGGCUCAGAGAGCCCGGACCAUGGCUUUGUAUAACCCUAAGCAGACUAAGCAGAACUGUUUCACCGUCAACCGCUCGCUGUUCAUCUUCAGCGAGGACAACGUGAUCCGGAAAUACGCCAAGAGGAUCACCGAGUGGCCAUAUCCUCUCCCAUCAAGCCUGGCUCUGGAAAGUUGA